AUGUCCAAAGUUAUUGGCGUCAUCUCCGGCCUGCUCGGCAUCCUCCAAUUUUCCAUGGACAACUUCCCCAAAAAGCAGUCCAACUCGUGCGUUGUGCGUGUCUCGACCGGUCUCGCAUCCUCAGGUGGUCUUGAAAACCCCGAGGGUGGUGUGUACAAGGUUCACGUCUUCAACCAGAACCAGGAGCGCAUUGGGUGGAGCAACGGAAAGUUCAUCUCCAACGGUGGCUUUGUCGACAUCAAGGUCGACCAGGGCUCAAACCGCCAGCAAGCUGCCUUUGCCACCAUUGAGGCCACGGCCGAUGGUAUCUGCAUCCCUUAUAUGUCUGCCACCUGGGUUGACGAGCAAAAGUAUGGCUGGGUGGGCGACAUCGGUUCGUACUGCGGGCAAAAGUGGUAUUACAGCAACUACUGGGUACGUCCUCCUGUCUUUCUCCAUCUCUCAGCGACUAAUCAUUUUCUGACAAUGCUUUCGACUGAACAGGUUGCUAAUACCCAACCUCGCUGCACUUGGGUUGACCGGGACCACUCUCAUGGCGUCAAAGCCGGCAUGAUCAUGGUCCACUGGCCCAGCUUCCACACCAACGAUAACUGGGUAUCGGGCGACCCCAACCCCCGCUCCAAGUGCGGCUACCCCGGUUUCCGUGCCUACAAGAACUGGGGCGAUGCUGAGGUCACCGAGUGGUGGAAGCGUGACGACACCAACACCACCACCCCCGCUGAGAUUACCAAUGACGAUGGAGUCUUCGACCCUAACAACUUUGACGGCAGCAAGUGGGUUGAGACCGACUACACCUCGGGCGACUCCAGCUCCGUUGUCAUUGCCGGUCGCCAGAUCAUCAAGAAGCGCACCGUCCGCAAACUCGACCCUCGUCUCGUCAUCUCCAACUCGCCCUUCCACAAGGCCUCGGAGCUUUGCGAGAGUGAGACGUCUUUCGGCCCCGACUUUGUGUCUCUUGUUGAGGGCAUGUACUGCAACAUGGAGACUUCUGAGCUGCUGCCUCUUUGCACCGAGGGGCUUCAGAGGGGAUGCUUCCAUCUCGAGCAGAAGACCCAUGUCAAGCGGGAUGGUGUUGUCAGCGAGGGACAGAAGGAAUAUGAGCACAUCCUUGACUGGACGACUUCCAACUGA